GCGGCAGCCGCAGCGGGUCACGAGGCCCUCGCCAGCAGCAACAGCAGCAGCAGCAGCAGCAGCAGCAGCAGCAGCAGCAGCAGCAGCAUGAUCAGCAUGCUGACUCCUCGAUAUCUCCUUCUUCUUCUUGUUCUUCUGUACAGCAUCCCCCGCAGCAGCCCCCGCACCCCCCGCAGCAGCAGCAGCAGCAGCAGCAGCAGCAGCAGCAGCAGGAUUUGAAUUUGGUGUUUUCACAGGCGAAGCUUAUAUCUGCUCUAUCUACACGAAAGGGGCGGGGGGCGCAGCUGCUGUCGCUAGCUGACCCCGACGGCACCGGCGUGCUGCAGCUAGCUGACGGCAGCAGAAGCCCCCGCUGCUGCUGGGGUGCUGCGUUUGCUGUUGCGGGCUGUACAGAGGAAUACCUUAUCUCCAUUGCUCGCUUUAUACUCACGCAGGUUGCAGCCUUCGAGGCCACCAUCAACAGCAGCAGCAGCAGCAGCAGCAACAGCAGCAGCAGCAGCAGCAGCAGCAGCAGCAGCAGUUUGCUGCAAGGACCCUUCUGUCAAACUCUUAUAAAAAAAGCAGCAGCAGCAAAUGUUUAUAUUCCGCCGCUGCAGUAUCUGCUCGCGCCAGAGCCAGCAGCGUUUCAGGAUGAUGCGGGGAGAAAGCAGCAGGAGCAGCAGCAGCAGCAGCAGCAAGAGUUGCUGCUGCAGCAACAGCAGCAGCAGCAGCAACAGCUGGCACAAGAUGCAGAGCUACAACAGUCCAUGCUGCUGCAGCAGCAAACACCUGCAGCAGCAACAGCAGCAGCAGCAGCAGCAGCAGGGAGAGGAAGUGCUGCUGUGGGGAGACCGGCGAAGCGCUGCAACGGCAGCCUCACCCCAGGCCUCAUAGACUUCGAUUCGCAGCAGGAGCAGGCUGCUGCAGAUGCAGCAGCAGCAGCAGCAGCAGCAGCAGCAACCAACGUCCGCAAAGCAGCAGCACAGCUGCAGCUGCAGCAGCAGCAGCAGCAGCAGCAACAGCAGCUACAACUGCAGCAGCAGCAGCAGCAGCAGCAGCAGCAGCAGCAAGAGGAAGAGGCGGAAGCAGCAGUUGAACCAAAAGAUGAAUUGCUCAUCGACCCAUUCGAAGACAAAAUCUGUGCGCGCCGGCCGCUGCCUCUGUCUUCGCUGCAGCUGUAUAGACACCCCGAGCUGCUGGAGCUGCAGGAUUUUCUGCGUGUCUUUGCGGAGUACAUGCAGCUGCUGCCGCCAUCUAUAGAGGUGCUAGAAGCAGCUGUGCUGCGGCCUGCUGCUGCUGCUGCUGCUGAUGAUGGUGAUGGUGAUGAUGAGGGGGGGGGUUGUGCUGCUGCUGCUGCUGCUGCUGCUGCUGCUGCAGCAGACAGACAGAAACACGAAGAAAUACGCAUGAGAGCGCGCGUCUAUCGCCUCCCAGAGUUGCACUGCAUGCAGCAGCAGGAGCAGCAGCAGCAGGAGGAAGAGCAGCAACAGCAGCAGCAAGAGCAGCAGCAGCAUAAGCCAGAAGAGAACGGCCCUGAGGCGGAGGGGCCCAUGAUGGUGGAUGAGACUAUCAGCAGCAGCAGCAGUGCUGCUGCAGCAGAGACAGAAGCAGCAGCAGCAGCAGCAGAAACAGCAGCAGCAUCAGCAGAAACAGCAGCAGCAGCAGCACAAACAGCAGCAGAUACAGCAGCAGCAGGGAAGGGUGAUGAAGCAACAACACCAGAAGCAGCAGCACUUGAUCCAGCAGCAACAGCAGCAGCAAAAGCAGCAGAUGCAGCAGCAACAGCAAAGUCAGCAGCAGCUCCAGCCAGUGGAGGAGAGGACAGCGGGGCAGAGCCUAGCAACGAAUCAGCUGCAGCAGCAGCACCCGAAGCAGCAGCAGCAGCAGCAGCAGCAGCAGCACCCGAAGCAGCAGCAGCAGCAGCAGCACCCGAAGCAGCAGCAUCAGCAGCAGCAUCAGCAGCAGCAGCAGCAGCAGCAAAGACAGCGGGAUCGAGGAAAGAGUGCAAAGGAGAGGAGACGUCGGAGGAUGAGGAGGCCAGGGAGCGGAGCGAGGCAGAAGCAGCAGAGGCAGCAGCAGCAGCAGCAGCAGCAGCAGAAGCAGCAGCAGCAGCAGCAGCAGUAGCAGCACAAGACCCAAACAUAUCAGCAGCUUGUGCUCAGCAGCUACCCUUCUUCCUAGGGGAUGCGUUGCUGCUGCGGCUGCUGCAGCUGGGGGUGCUGCAGCUAUCUGAUGCUUUGCCGCGUGCAGCAGCAGCAGCAAACAGCAGCAGCAGCAGCAGCAACAGCAGCAGCAGCAGCGCAGCAGCAGCAGCAGCAGCAGAUCCUCUGACGCCUGAAGAAAGCCAAGUUUCUGCUGCUCUCUGGAUAGGAGUUGAUGGGGUGCUGCAGCAGCAGCAGCAGCACCGCAAGCGGCAGCGGCGGCAGCAGAAGGCAGCAGCACAAGACGGGGGCAGCGCCGCUGCAAGCAGCACGAGCAGCAUCAACAGCAGCAACAGCAACAACAACAACAACAGCAGCAG